AGAGCGAGUUGAAGCUGGGGGCGGGUAGGGCCGGGCACUUCCGGAAGUCGUGGUCUCCAUAGAGACGCUCCCGGAAGUGCGGGUUGCCACGGAGGCCGGGAGCGUCCUAUUCCCGGCGCGACAAUGGAGGGUUUACCCGAGGAUUAUGCCUCUAAACCUAGCGAUGGUGGCAACCCGGAGCCCGCCGGCUCUGAGAAAAAAGCAGGCCCAGAGCCGCCUCAGGAGGGGACUGAGUCUGAGGCAGAGACUUCUCGGGACACCGAAGCCCAGUCCCAGGGGGAGCAGGAGAUCCCUCAAGACUCUAGGCCCGAGGACUUCUCUCAGGAGGAGAUCAAAGAAGCACCUCCCCAAAAAACAGGGUCAGAGAUUCCCGAGGGAACACAGGCAGAAGCUCCUCAGUUCACUGAAGGCCAGACCCAGGAGGAGACUGAGGAAGAGUCCCCUGCAAAGGCAGUUCCUGAGCUUCCUAAGGAGACUGAGGCAGAGACUUCCCUGGAUGCCAGAGCCCAGUCCCAGGGGGAGUUAAGGCCAGAGGUCCCUCAGGAAACUAAGCUUGAAGAAUUACCUCAACAGAGCACUGAGGAAGAGUCCCCUGCAAAGGCAGGGCCAGAAAGUCCUAAAGAGACUGAGGCAGAGACUUCCCUGGAUGCCAAAGCCCAGUCCCAGGAAGAGUUAAGGCCAGGGACCCCUCAGGAAACUAAGCUUGAGGACUUAACUCAACAGAGCACUGAGGAAAAGUCCCCUGCAAAGGCAGAGUCAGAAAUUCCUAAGGAGACUGAGGCAGAGACUUCUCUGGAUGCCAAAGCCCAGUCCCAGGGGGAAUUAAGGCCAGGGGUCCCUCAGGGAACUAAACAUGAGGACUUACCUCAAAAAAGUACUGAGGAAGAGUCCUCUACAAAGGCAAGACCAGAGAGUCCUAAAGAGACUGAGGCAGAGACUUCUCUGGAUGCCAAAGCCCAGUCCCAGGAAGAGUCAAAACCAGGGGCCCCUCAGGAAACUAAGCUUGAAGACUUAACUCAACAGAGCACUGAGGAAAAGUCCCCUUCAGAGGCAGGGCUAGAGAUUCCUAAGGACACUGAGGCAGAGAUUUCAUUGGAAGCCAAAGUCCAUUCCCAGGGGGAGUUAAGGCCAGGGGUCCCUCAGGAAACUAAGCUUGAGGGCUUAACUCAACAGAGCACUGAGAAAAAGUCCCCUUCAGAGGCAGGGCUAGAGAUUCCUAAGGAGACUGAGGCAGAGAUUUCACCAGAAGCCAAAGUCCAGUCCCAGGGGGAGUUAAGGCCAGAGGUCCCUCAGGAAACUAAGCUCGAGGACUUACCUCAACAGAGCACUGAGGAAAAGUCCCCUUCAGAGGCAGGGCUAGAGAUUCCUAAGGAGACUGAGGCAGAGACUUCUCUGGAUGCCAGAGCCCAGUCUCAGGGGGAGUUAAAGCCAGGGACCCCUCAGGAAACUAAGCUCAAGGACUUAACUCAACAUAGCACUGAGGAAAAGUCCCCUUCAGGGACAAGGCUAGAGAUUCCUAAGGAGACUGAGGCAGAGACUUCUCUGGAUGCCAGAGCCCAGUCCCAGGGGGAGUUAAGGCCAGAGGUCCCUCAGGAAACUAAGCUUGAGGGCUUAACUCAACAGAGCACUGAGGAAAAGUCCCCUUCAGGGACAAGGCUAGAGAUUCCUAAGGAGACUGAGGCAGAAACUUCUCUGGAUGCCAGAGCCCAGUCCCAGGGGGAGUUAAAGCCAGAGACCCCUCAGGAAACUAAGCUCGAGGGCUUACCUCAACAGAGCACUGAGGAAAAGUCCCCUUCAGGGUCAAGGCUAGAGAUUCCUAAGGAGACUGAGGCAGAGACUUCUCUGGAUGCCAGAGCCCAGUCCCAGGGGGAGUUAAGGCCAGAGGUCCUUCAGGAAACUAAGCUUGAAGGCUUAACUCAACAGAGCACUGAGGAAAAGUCCCCUUCAGAGGCAGGGCUAGAGAUUCCUAAGGAGACUGAGGCAGAGACUUCUCUGGAUGCCAGAGCCCAGUCCCAGGGGGAGUUAAGGCCAGAGGUCCCUCAGGAAACUAAGCUUGAGGACUUAACUCAACAGAGCACUGAGGAAAAGUCCCCUUCAGGGACAAGGCUAGAGAUUCCUAAGGAGACUGAGGCAGAGACUUCUCUGGAUGCCAGAGCCCAGUCCCAGGGGGAGUUAAGGCCAGAGGUCCCUCAGGAAACUAAGCUUGAGGACUUAACUCAACAGAGCACUGAGAAAAAGUCCCCUUCAGAGGCAGGGCUAGAGAUUCCUAAGGAGACUGAGGCAGAGACUUCUCUGGAUGCCAGAGCCCAGUCCCAGGGGGAGUUAAGGCCAGAGGUCCCUCAGGAAACUAAGCUUGAGGACUUACCUCAACAGAGCACUGAGGAAAAGUCCCCUUCAGGGACAAGGCUAGAGAUUCCUAAGGAGACUGAGGCAGAGACUUCUCUGGAUGCCAGAGCCCAGUCCCAGGGGGAGUUAAAGCCAGGGACCCCUCAGGAAACUAAGCUCGAGGACUUAACUCAACAGAGCACUGAGGAAAAGUCACCUUCAGAGGCAGGGCUAGAGAUUCCUAAGGAGACUGAGGCAGAGACUUCUCUGGGUGCCAAAGUCCAGUCCCAGGGGGAAUUAAGACCAGGGGUCCCUCAGGAAACUAAGCUUGAGGACUUACCUCAACAGGGCACUGAGGAAAAGUUCCCUGCAAAGGCAGAGUCAGAAAUUCCCGAGACUGGGGCAGAGAGUCCUCAAGGCACUGAAGUUGAGCUCCAGAAGAAAUUAGAGCCAGAGAUCCCUCAGGAAACUAAACCUGGGGAAGGAGUGAAACCUGAAUCUCCCAAAGAAAGCACACCAGAGUCGAGAAGACAUAAGGAUUCCAUUGAAAGCACUGAGGCUGCAACAGAGUCCAAGGCCUUGGAAUCUGGUACAGAUGAUGAUGCCCAGCUGUCUUCCUCAGACAGUGCAGUAGAUACCUCUAAAGAACUCAUCCACUUUCAAAAGGCUCCUAGGAUGUCCAAAUCCAAGCCCUUCAAAAUGCGUGUGUCCUUGACUGAGGAUAAGAAAGAAGCUCCUGAUGGAAAGAAACACAAAAAGGCCACCACGGAAGACAAGAAAGAGGUAGUUGUGUCUGAAACCGGUCCAGAGCCUGAGAUUCAGGAAGAACUGGAAAAAUCUGAAAGUGUUGAGGCACAACCUUUUUACCUCACAUGGAGCCCAGAAGACGUUGCAGAGUGGAUUAGCCAACUAGGGUUUCCCCAGUACAAGGAAUGUUUUACAACAAAUUUCAUCAGUGGGCGGAAACUCAUCCAUGUUAACUGUUCAAACCUUCCUCAGAUGGGGAUAACGGAUUUUGAGGACAUGAAGGUGAUUUCACGUCAUACACGGGAGCUACUUGGGAUUGAGGAACCAUUAUUCAGUCGAAGCAUUUCCCUUCCCUACCGGGACAAUAUGGGCUUAUUUUUGGAACGAAAAGCUCAUUCAGGGGUAAAAUCUGAUGCUUUGACUCUAUCUCAGUUUGUCAAAGAAGCAAGGUUAGAAGUCCGUGUUGCUGCUGAACCGAAAGUCGAUCCCCUCCCCCCAAAAAAGAAAAAAUCCUAUACACUUAGUUUAAAAGAUCGAAUUAAAUUAAUUUAGAGGAAGUGGGUUUUUUCUCCCUAGCAAGGACACAAAAGAGUCAGAACUACUGCUUCUUUUCCUAGCUCUAUUACUGCUUCAUUUCACCUGCUGUGUUGCACUUUAUU